AUGGCAGGACUGAGACCUGUGAGAAAAACGAUGCAUGACAGUGUCAAAUGCAGAGAUGCCCGAGAAGGGGUGGCUGGACUGAAAGCCACCCUUGUGUAUGGAGAAACCUGUGCUUUGGAUUGCAUCCAGCCGAGAGAGCCUGUGAGAGUUUCAUUUUUCCGUCUGGAAGCAAAGCGUGUCAAUUUGUCUGUAGUCCGAGCGUAUUCUCUUCUGCCUCCAACUCCGGGAGCUGUCGGAGGGCUGGGUUUCGGGGUUAGCUCCCCGCGGGCUGCCAGCGGCACGGCCCAGGCAUCGCUGCGUCGGCAAUUGGCCCGUGGCGAAAUCGGACCCGAGGAAGAGUCCCUGAGCGAAGAUGCGGAGGGUGAGGCUUUAAGUGAUCGCAGUAGGGGUCUGACUGCUCUGGUUCUUCUUUCCUUGGAGACUAACGGCAGGACUCCCAAAUUUCAGCUAGGCAGCCAGACCAAUCAAGUAGUAGGUGUCCUGGUCAGCAUCUGCACGAAAAAAUUUUAUUACAUCACGCUGCUGAGAGACCCUGUAUCUCGUUACCUCAGCGAAUGGCGUCACGUCCAACGAGGAGCUACGUGGAAGACCUCCUUGCACAUGUGUGAUGGCAGGACACCAACUCCUGAAGAGCUGCCGUCGUGCUAUGAAGGCACAGACUGGUCAGGCUGCACGCUGCAGGAGUUCAUGGAUUGCCCGUAUAAUUUGGCCAACAACCGCCAAGUGAGGAUGUUGGCUGACUUGAGCUUAGUUGGCUGCUACAACAUGUCUUUCAUCCCAGAGAACAAGCGAGCACAGAUCCUGCUGGAGAGUGCAAAAAAGAACCUCAAAGACAUGGCCUUCUUCGGCCUGACAGAGUUCCAGAGAAAGACUCAGUACCUGUUUGAGAGAACUUUUAAUCUGAAAUUCAUCCGGCCCUUUAUGCAGUACAACAGUACCAGGGCAGGAGGGGUGGAGGUGGAUAACGACACCAUCCGGAGGAUUGAGGAGCUCAAUGACUUGGACAUGCAGCUCUAUGACUAUGCAAAGGACCUCUUCCAACAGCGCUACCAGUACAAACGGCAGCUAGAGAGGAUGGAGCAGAGGAUAAAGAAUCGGGAAGAGAGGCUUCUUCACCGGUCCAAUGAAGCACUUCCCAAGGAAGAGACCGAAGAGCAAGGACGCUUGCCCACUGAGGACUACAUGAGCCAUAUUAUAGAGAAGUGGUAGCCUAGGCAGACUUUUAUAUUAAUGAUAUUCUAGGGUUUCCAUAUAAAAGAUCAUGGAAGUAAAAUUACAAAAA